AUGGCCGACACAGUGAUGGCAGCCGACGGCCCCGCCACAAACGAACCCUUCACUCUCGAAGAACGCAUCCAACAACUGUGCGAAAUCGACACAAAAAUAGUCAGCCUAAUGUCCCACACUUCCUCCGCCCUGUCCGCCCUCGGCGCUUCCCCAAAACCUUCAUCAGACUCCUCGUCAGCCGCUGCUCAAAUAACAACCCCCAACCCAACCCACCAAAAACAAACCUUCAAGUCCUCAAUGGACGCCCUCCUCUCCACUCUGCACACAGUAGACGUUCACAUGAAGCGCCAAAUCCUAGGCCUUGAAGAAGCAGGCAUCAUCAAGCUCCGCAAUGACGACCCAAAAUCCCGCCAGCCCGUCAUGAAUGAGGACGCCAAAAUCGUCGCCAGGCCCUCCCUCGAACCCAACGGCGUCGGCACCAUCGGCAACCUCGACGUCGGCUGGCUCAACAGCCGCAACAACAAGGUCGAGCGCGAUAUGGAGGCCGAACUGUGGGCCAAGAUGAGGGACCUGCUCGAGAGGUAUCACGCAGGGGACGUGGAGGAGGCGAACAAUGCGAAGGGUGAGAAGAUGCAGGAAUGA